AUGAUGAUGAGGAGACGCCAUGGCUGGCAACGUCCUCUCCACCCUUUGCAGAUUGUGGGAAUGUCGGUGUUCAGUUUGCUGGUAGCCGCCUUCUACUGUUUCCUUGGACUCUUUCUGGGAAACAACGCUGCCGAGAUUGCUGUCACCACCAUCUUCUCCUUUGCGGCAGUUUCCGCAGCAUUCCUCUUCAUUAGGUGCACUCGGAUCGACCCGAGUGACAAGACCCGUCACAGGCUUCUUCGGAAGAAAAAGAGUGCCAGCCACAACCGGACAAGAGCUACCCUCAAGUAUGGACUGUCUAUGCUGCGGCAGCUUGUAAGGAGGAUGUUCCGGAAAAUGGAGUCCAAAAUCCUCACCACUUUUAUCAGAAGGAAGUAUGGCUUCUCCUCUGCCCUGGAUCCCUCCCUCGAUUCUCUUCCCAUGCCUUUUUCCCCACUUGUCCUCAACCUCAAGGAUGAACUGGUAGAUGAUCAUUAUUCUGCACCACCUAUCAUCAAUCCUCAUCUCAAACUCUCAGACUCCGACCUCUCGUUUUGCUCUCUAUGCGACUUUGAGGUUCAUAAGCACAGCAAGCACUGUAGGACCUGCAACAGAUGUGUGGAAGGUUUUGAUCACCACUGCAGGUGGUUGAACAACUGUGUUGGGAAGAAGAACUAUACGACCUUCAUUCUCUUGAUGCUGUCUGUUCUCUUAAUGCUAAUUGUAGAGGGAGGUACUGCAGUAGCAAUAUUUAUUAGGUGUUUUGCAGACAAAGAAGGGAUCAUUCAGGAGAUGAAAACAAGGCACUACACGAACUUCCCCCGCGGAGUUCUGGCAGCCAUUUCGGUUUUCCUAUUUCUACUGGCAAUGUAUAGUACAGCCGCACUAGGGCAGCUUCUCUUCUUUCAUGUUCUUCUGAUUCGAAAGGGGAUGAGGACAUAUGAUUACAUCUUGGCAAUGAAAGAGGAGAACCAGCUUGCAGACCUAGAAUCCCUGGAAGAUGAUGACUCUGAUUUUUCUUCAGAUGGUGAGGGUGUUGACCUAAACUCCCCUGAAACGAAGCCAACAUUUCUCUCACGAGUAAUAUGCAGGGAAGUAGGGGUGAAUCAGACCCCAGAGGAGAAAUUGUCCAUAAAAAUCGAGGGAGAAACUGGAAGAUCACCUGCGCUGAACAGACCCUCUCAGGGUGGUGACUUUCAUGCAAGCAUUGAUCCAUGGAAACUAAUAACCAUGAACCAGGAGAGAGCUCUAUUAGCGGCUACCAAGGCAAAGGAAAAACUGAUGAUGCAGAAGAAGACCAUUCUUAAACAGCGUGAACCAUUGAAGCCUCUGCCACUUGCACUUGCAGAAGAAACCAAGAAUGGAGGCAGCAACGUGGAAAGAAUUUCAGAGGAAAGGCAGCCAGCAUCGCCAGCACCCGCAGCGAAGUUUUCGAGUCCAAGACGGCGCAUAUCAGCCUGUUCUUCAAAAUUACCUCCUGCUAGCAUGGAGUCACCAGAACGCCGAUACAGGAGGACCAAUUAUGAUUUACAGCUUGAGAACAUCAUCUUCUCUAGACCCUCGAUGCCAAGAAAAGAUGGGAAUGAGCCUCCAUCAUAG